CCGCCGCGUCGUCGCAAUAUCGUCUCAUUCGAUAUGCAGAGUCGCAUUCACCACCGCGUGAUAGCCACUGAAUUACUGCGUCCUGCGCACGUUCCGUCAUUCGUCGCUCUUUUGUAACCAGAAGGCGUGUCGGGGAUUGUGACAGUCGCGCGACUCGCGUGUAGGGUGUAAAUAGUGCACGUAAGGGUGGAAUACCGCGCCUUAGAAGAGACGCCUUGCGACAGGGUGAAUUUCUUUCUAAGGGAGAAAGAAGCUCUGUGCGAACAAGCAGGCUGAUUUUCGAGAAUAGUCGUGGCUGCGCUCACACAGUGGACGUGUCGAUCAUUAGAGAUGAUCUUCUGGAUCAGAUUUCUUCGCUUUUCCUGUGAUCGAGACAGAUACUAACGAUAUGGGUACAGUAUGGCUCCAGCAUUCUGGCAUGCUUCUGGGAAUAAUUUUCUUUCGUCAGUUUUCGCGUUUCUCUUACUGUUCUGUCCACACAAUUCCACAGCCCGCGAGGUAAUUGAUGCAUCACUGCCACAACAAGACUAUGUUGCAUCACUACCACCUCCACCGGGAGGUGCCACCACUGCCAGAAUACCAAAGUGUGAUCAAAAGUUUGUAAGCACUCCUGAUGGAUUGCCGAACGGGACCUUUUAUGCACCAAUGCUCAUCAAUCCUGAAGGGGAUCCACAACAGUGCGUUUACACGUUCCUCGCGGGGCCGCGUCAGCGUGUCGAAUUGAUUUUCACCUCGUUCGGCCUCCGAGGAAAACCACCAGAUGGAUCUGCUGUGGGAGAAUUACCUGCCUGUAUUCACGAGUAUAUGGAUAUAUACUCCGAGAUACGAUCGGAGAACACGACUAAGCUGAUAGAAACGCCAUUCGGUGGACGGUUUUGUGGACCGAUUCCACCUCGCAGACGGGUCUCUCUUUAUCAGGGAAUUGCUCUUAGUUUUUUUACUGAUAAGAAUACCACUAUGCCGAAUGUUUUCAGUGGUAUUUACAGAUUUCUCAAUGCUUCUGAGUAUGAAGUGGGCACUCCAACGCCAAAUACACCAUGCUCUUUUACGAUAGACGCAAAAGCUAAACGUACCGGAAAUAUACUAUCUCCCACUUAUCCUGGCACUUAUCCGAAAAAUCUCACUUGUAGCUAUCAAUUUAUCGGGAAGACUGGACAACGUGUGCGGUUGGAAUUUCGCGACUUCGAUUUAUAUUUUGGCGGACCACAUUGCCCAUUGGAUUACGUAAAGAUAUACGAUGGUUUCGACAAUUCGAGUGCCGUUAUUGGCACGUAUUGUGGUCAGCAACGAAACUUAGUAUUGUACUCUUCGAAUAAUAGUUUGUUUGUGACGUUCAUCACAUUGAAGCGCACAGCAAAUACUCAAAAUCGAGGUUUCAAAGGCAUCUUCGAGUUCUCGGAGAGUUUUGUUAGUCUGGACUUUAUAAAAGAGUAUCGUGGCGAGCAUAUCCGUGGAUCCGAGUGCGAUCAGAAGAUCCUCAGUAAAGAGGAAAAAUCGGGAUUUGUAGUUAGUCCAAAUUUUCCAUAUCCUUAUAUACCUAAGGUCGUCUGCCGUUAUUUUAUCUACGGGAUGCAGGACUCUCAGCACUUGGAACGCGUACGAUUGGAAUUUAUGCAAUUCGCGAUACAGAUUCCUAACGGAGAAAAUGCUUGCACCGAUGGUUAUCUAAAAUUGUAUCUGAAGGGCCAAGAAGUGACAGAUUCUUAUGAUAAAUUCGAUUACGAGAUGUGUGGUAAUAAGAGCAAUCCGAAUCACGUGGUUAGUGAUGGGCCGAGACUUGUGAUGGUGUUCAGUAGCGGAGAACAUCAGGCGACAGGUUUCAAGGCUGAGUACACCUUCGAAACAGAAUAUAAAAUACCUGGUACUGCGGCGCCCGAUGGCAGUUGUAGUUUUACUUAUCAUAGUUUGUCUCGCAAACGCGGUGAAUUUAAUUCUCCACGAUAUCCUAGUAAUUAUCCGAGUGAUACGAAUUGCACGUACUUUUUCAACGCAACACCGAACGAGCAGAUUACUUUGAUUUUUGAUCACUUUAAGGUUCGUACGAGAAACGUCAACGUGACGGUCGGACAUUACGGAUAUGAAUUAUGUCAGGAAGAUUGGCUUGAAAUUUACAAUGUGUACCGGGACGAUACGGAAAAAUUGAUAGGAAGGUAUUGUGGUGUAACUGCGCCGGGUCCGGUAGAAUCGAAUCUUGGUGCUCGUGGCUUGAAAGUGAUUUUGCAUUCCGAUUCCGAGCUUGUGUACAGCGGCUUCAAAGCGCGUUACACUUUCGAGAUCGCUAAACCUAUUUUCGGAGAUUGUGGAUCAAAUAUUAGUAGUUUAAAUUAUGGUAUAAUAACCAGUCCGAAUUUCCCUAAUAAAUAUGACGGUCCGGCGAGAAACUUAGCUAGCAAAACUUGCAACUGGUUCAUAAUGGUUCGACCAAAGCACCAGAUACUCUUGAACUUUGAGACCUUCUCUGUGGAAGGUGACCAAUUAGCACGAGGUUGUCCCGCAGCCGUAUUACGUAUAUGGUAUUCAUUGACGUCCACUCCACACGAGCUCUGUGGCGUUAAAACUCCUGACACAAAAUGGAAUUUUCUUUCGGAAGAUAAUAAUAUGCGGCUCAGUUUUAUAUCAGCCGAUAAAGCGGUAGGACAACAAGGCUUUCGGGCGGUGUGGACUGAAGUAAACACGAAUACAGACUGUCAAGACUUGUCUCUUUCUUUUCUCUCCUUUCCCCUUUACUCUCUUCUUCAACCGCUACACUGCAAUAACAUUGAUAAUUGCGGGCCGGACGAUACGUCGGAUGAAGAGAAUUGCAUUAUGGAGAUACCAGCAGAUAAUUACGCAAUACCGAUAGCCUACGCGGUUGGCAGCACCCUAAUCAUCCUGAUGUUUUGUUUGAUCUGCCAUCGAAGGCUACGACGACGAUCACGUGGCAUCCCAAUCGAUGAACUGCCACCGCAAUGUGUAAUUGAUGCCAUUGAUCGCCAUUGCUAUCAUCACCAUGAUCUGUUACACGCGGAUCAUGCGUUAACACGCGGCUUUAAUCAGUACCAGUUGGAAGAACCAAGUCCAUUGAACGACAGUGAUGAGAUGGAGGAACCUGAACAAGAUUGUCACCAGGAGACCAGUAGCCCAGACAGUGUGUAACGUUUGCUGCGUCCUUCGCACUAUCACGUGUAAUCUGUUGUUGUUUGUUGCACGUUGUAAGAAAUGCUGAGGAAGUCGUGGAGAAAAAAAGAUCAAUGUGAUGUUUAUCGUUAUACACACAAUUUCAUUGUAAUAACAUUGCAUUGUAAAUUUUUUACGUAUGCGCGAUUUGUGUGACAUAUAUAUAGAUAUUCAUAAGCGACGACAGUGAAUAUGCGAUUUUUAAAUUAAGUUAUUAAGGAUGAUUGUGACUUCUUAUACGCCGAAAUAUCGAAUGCAUGUCGUAAAUAAUGUAAAAGCUUCCUUCAUUCAUUAAUACAGAACGACAUUUCCAUGUGUUCAUCAAACCAUAUUUUUAAUAUUUUUUAUUGGAAAAAGAACAUCGCGCUCAAAAGGAUUAUAUAUGAUAUUUGGAUCGUUAUCGAAAUAUUGUAUUGUAGCGUUUUUAAAGUAAUAUUAUGUUUAACUUCGAUAAAUGAACCGACAAGAUGAACGUUUAUAUAGCCGUUGACAACUUGUCUACUAAAUAUAAAACGAAUUUUAACUCGUAAAUCGCGCAAAGGCGUUGAUCGAAAUCUAAGAAGUGAUAUCGAUAAUAAUCAAUUGAAAGUAUUAGCUUCAUUCUAGAACAUAUUGGAAUAUGCUUCAAUCAAUCUGCAUUUUUAAUUCUCUUGCUUUUUUAAUCCUCUUGCAAAUAAAAAUUGCUCAAAAGUUAUUUGAUAAUUGAUCGAUAUGAUUGACCAAAGCUUAUGCGUGUGUAUAAGAUCAGUUUUAUUUUCUAUAAUUUAUACAUGUGAUAGAUUAGUUAAUAAUAUUUAUAAAUUAAAUAUAAAUCUAUAUAAAUACAAAAUGAUUUAGAACUACUAUUGGACAUUAUAAAUCAUGAAGCAUAAAUUAGCAUAAAAAUUAGAUUAAUUCUUGAUUGUUAGUUUUUGGUAUUAAAAAUAGCGAAUCGCGCGUACGAUGAUUUCUAAUUGAUCGACGCUCAAUUAACUAGUCGUAUUCAAAGUUUCAUUGAAUACAUAUAAGCCCCGAAUGAUAAUUACAACGUCGCUGUAAACCGCAAUAUAAUAAUAAUAAUACAAUUUAAAUUAGUUAUAUACAUAGAAGAUGUAAUAGUUUGCAUAUAAUAUAUAUGCAAAGCGAUUCAAAACCUGAGCAGGGAGGUGAUUAUAAUCAUCAAAAAAAGAGGCAAAAUGUUUAUAUAAAUAUAUGUUUAUAUUAAUAUCCUAAG